UCAAAGCUCCCGCAGCACAUUUGUUGUAGCGCUCCGCCGUUGUUGACUUGUUUCGUCGUAGGCUCCGAUUGGACCGAUCUGAUCAGACUUUGAAUCGAUCGCAUUGAUUUCGAAACGCAGACUCUUAAUCGCGAACUAGCCGAAUGCACAAGAUCAGGUCGAAAACACGCUGACAAAUUAAUUAUAUACACUAAAAACCUGCGAAAACGUGCGCUCUUACGUCGGCCGUGUGAGUGCGUGUGUGUGGUGCGCUCUUCUCUCAACCGCCCCCCACCCCCUUCGCCCACGUUUCGCUCAGCGCGCAAAAGUAAAUUUUAGUGCAAAUAAAUUGCUUUGCUUAUCUCGAAGCGCGCGCUCGCAUGAUGAACGCAGCUGUGUGCGUGAGUGUGUUUGUGGGGAGUGAGUGUGCGAGUGUUGUUAAUUAAUUUACAAAAGUCACUCCUGUUUGGCGAACAACAGAGAACAACAAUAACACCACAAGAGGCAGCGAGAAGUGCGAAAACGAAAGAAAAACAACAACAGACCUGCUAACGGCAGUUGCAUGUGGGCCACUUCGCCCACCCAACCCCCCACCCCAUCCCUCGCUGGUGGAAAACGAAAGUUCUUUUACAUGUAACACAGCAAGACUCUCAGAAAGGAGAAGGAGAGAGCGCAGAGCCCCACGCAGAGCGUGAGCGAAACAGAAGCGAGAGCGCCAAUGCAGGAGAGCGACAUUUGGCCUUGAACUUGCGGACGUUAUACAACAAAUCUCAGGUGAAAGCAGCAGUGUCAACGUCAAUUCCAAUUAACUGCAUACAAUAAGCCAAUGUACAAAUCCGUAAUAUAAGUGAUCCACGCGAGUUCUCUAGGACUCUUUUUGGGUAUUCACGGGAUGCUCGUUUAACACUGGCCAUAGUUUUUUUUUCGACGCGAAUUACUGCAGGGACAGUUGGCUCCCAUAUAAAUUACCUGGGGACAAUUUAUACGGAAACACAAUUAUAUAAAAUUAUAUACACAACUAUAUACAAGUAGAACUUGCCGUUUUAACAAGCCGUCCACUUAUAAAACAAACAGAAGGGAUUAUAUAUAGACAACCUAUAUAAAUAUGCCCCACGUCUGCCACGCCAGGAAGAGCCACAGCAAUUCGCAGGGCAGCAACUAACGGAGUUUCCCCGCCAGCUGCCGGAAAUCCAGUAGCAAAUCCAGCAAACCAGCGACCCAGUCAGCAGGAAUCAGCCAGCCGAGCCGAGCACAAGGACACCACCAUCUCCGUUUCCAUCGCAGGAGGAUAGGAAAUCUGUUGCCAUGGGCCGCAAAAAAAUUCAAAUAUCACGCAUCACCGAUGAACGCAAUCGGCAGGUGACCUUCAACAAGCGCAAGUUCGGCGUGAUGAAGAAGGCCUACGAGCUGUCCGUGCUCUGCGACUGCGAGAUCGCCCUGAUCAUCUUCUCGUCGAGCAACAAGCUGUACCAGUACGCCAGCACCGACAUGGAUCGCGUCCUGCUCAAGUACACCGAGUACAACGAGCCCCACGAGUCCCUCACCAACAAGAACAUCAUCGAGAAGGAGAACAAGAACGGCGUGAUGUCGCCGGACUCGCCCGAAGCCGAAACGGACUACACACUCACUCCGCGAACGGAGGCCAAGUACAACAAGAUCGACGAGGAGUUCCAGAACAUGAUGCAGCGCAACCAGAUGGCCAUCGGCGGUGCGGGUGCCCCUCGCCAGCUUCCAAACAGCAGCUACACGCUGCCCGUUUCUGUUCCGGUGCCGGGAUCUUACGGCGACAACCUGCUGCAGGCCAGUCCACAGAUGUCCCACACCAACAUCAGCCCCCGUCCAUCGAGUUCGGAGACGGAUUCAGCCCACCAUUUGUCCAUUAAGCAGCAGUCGCCGGGCAGCCAGAACGGACGAGCUUCCAAUCUAAGGGUCGUCAUACCGCCCACAAUUGCCCCCAUACCGCCCAAUAUGUCAGCGCCGGAUGAUGUGGGAUAUGCAGAUCAACGACAGAGCCAGACAUCGCUUAACACGCCAGUGGUCACGCUGCAGACGCCGAUUCCCGCCCUCACGAGCUAUUCCUUUGGGGCGCAGGACUUCUCCUCCUCCGGCGUAAUGAACAGCGCGGAUAUCAUGAGCCUCAACACCUGGCAUCAGGGCCUGGUGCCGCACUCUAGUCUCUCGCACCUGGCUGUCUCGAAUAGCACGCCGCCGCCCGCCACCUCCCCCGUCUCCAUAAAGGUCAAGGCUGAGCCGCAGUCGCCGCCGAGAGAUCUUUCCGCCAGCGGUCAUCAGCAGAAUAGCAAUGGUUCCACGGGCAGCGGCGGAUCCAGCAGCAGCACCAGUAGCAACGCCAGCGGAGGAGCAGGAGGCGGUGGAGCCGUCAGCGCAGCCAAUGUCAUCACGCACUUGAACAACGUCAGUGUCCUGGCGGGAGGUCCUUCGGGGCAGGGAGGAGGAGGCGGAGGCGGCGGCAGCAACGGAAAUGUCGAACAGGCCACCAAUCUUAGCGUACUGAGCCACGCGCAGCAACAUCACCUGGGCAUGCCCAACUCGCGUCCCUCGUCCACGGGCCACAUCACACCCACUCCAGGGCACGAUAAGUAUGAAGGAUAUCCGUACCGCGCGCUAAUGGGACAUAAUCCUAGAUGGAAUUUGAAUUUUGCCGGUGCGCCGAGCAGCGACCAGGAUGUGCGUCUGGCAGCCGUCGCCGUGCAGCAGCAACAGCAGCAGCCACAUCAGCAACAGCAACUAGGCGACUACGAUGCCCCCAACCACAAACGGCCGAGAAUAUCGGGCGGAUGGGGCACAUAGCCGGCACGAGCUGCUGGUAGCAGCCACUACAAGCCACAUCACAACAACAACACCGGCUGCAGCAGCAUCAACGGCAGCAACACCAGCUGCAGCACCAACAACACCAUCACCAGCAGCAGCAACAGUAGCAGCAGCAGCAACAAGAAGCCGGCGGAGUGCGACGACCUGGUCAUGAUGCCGCCACCGCCUCGUAAGGACAUAGGUCGCAGCUCCUACAGCCUCCUGCAGUCCGGCUACGACUGCUAUGGCCAGCAACUGGCGGUGGCCUACGGAGCGCAGCAGCAUCCGUAGCCCCCGCGUCCUCCGUUUCCGGACCAGUGCAAUAGUUGAGAGAGGAAACAGGAGGCAGUUUUGUUUUGUUUUCGGAUUAAGCGAACAGUGACAGUGUCAUAUCUAUAGUUAUUGUAACUUAAAUGAAUUACGAUUACAGACCUACGGUAAUAGUUAUAAUUUUAAAUUAUAUACGCAGAGCUGGCGGGGCUGCCGCCGCAUCCUGCCGAGAAAUUUGAGCAUGUUAGAGUGUUGAGCUGAUUUAGUUUAGUUACAAUUACAAAUACAGUUACGAGUACGGUUAAAGUUAAUGUUAAAUCUAAUCUUAGGAAUGAAAUCAUGCAGACAAACAAAAAGCAAAAAACAAAAAACAAAACGGACGCGAUUGAUGGAAGAGCUCUUUAUGCUGUACAUAUUUGAUUUUAGUGUCAUAAGUUUUAAACUUAGUUCGUAGGUAACUACGAGAUACGUAAACCAUGCAAGUCAUACGAUGAAACGAUUGAGAAACUCUAAGCAAAACACAGACCCUCAUGCAGAUGUACUCAGUGUUCUAUCAUAAUUUGUAAUUCUGUGCAAUUUAUUGUCAAUUUUUAGUUGUCUUUUAUCUAUCUAUGCACACGCUCUACUGAGAUUCUGGAGUUCAUCAUGGAACCAAAAACGUUUUUUGAUGGUUGGCCUAAUUGAUUUGAGCCGAGAUCACAGCCUUGUGCAAGCAAGGCAUACACACUUAUGGUUUAAUUUAGUUCCGAUUUAAGCGAUUAUUUAAUAGACACUUUUCUCUUCAUCUCUUAAGCGAAACGAAGUCAUAAUUUGUAAUUUAAAUUUAAAGUGGAUUUCUAUUCAAUUUGAAGUGUUUCAAAUUCUUGUGCCUAAGUUUUGUAUUUUUUACAUUUAAAUGCAGUUUGUAAAACAACAACAAUCGCAACAGCAACAACAACUCAACAAAAUAUAAUUUAAAUAAAAUUAUUCGAAGCAAUUUUUCGUUGUCGUUGACAGUUUUAUUUGAUUAGUCCAUAUCUUUAUUUGCUCUCUGUACAUUUCACAUUUCACUCGGCCAUAUAUUUAAACAGGCCAUAUUAAACAGUGGGCGUGUCUGCGCCUGUGUCAAUGUCAAUUGCCCAUUUCGAAAUUGCCAAUAUUUGGCUAAGGGGUAAACGCGCCCGCCAAUAUUUGCACUGGCCACAUGACCUGUUGCACUUUAUACAGCAGCGCGAAAAGGCGCAAACAAAAACAAAAAAGAGUAAAAUAUUUUAUGUAUAUUUGUAUUUGUAUUUGUAUUCGAUAUAGGGCUGCAUCAGCUGUGCAUAUUUGAAUAGAGAACGUGAAAAUGCAGGUGCAUGCAGGUGCAGCCGGCGGCAAGCAUUAACAAUAAGCAAACACACACUCUACAGGUUUCCCCAUUGAACAAGCUUUACAACACCUACAUAUUUAAGCAGAUUGUACAGAUUCGAGCAGAUCGAACGGAUCGCUGCGAAAUUAUUAUCAGCACGUGAACGAUAUUUUCUAGCCAUAUACGAUAUAUACAAUACAUACACUAAGCGAGUUGCCGCGGUUCCCCAAACCGAAGCGCACUUUUAGGAUGAGGUAGAGGAGUUACCCUGGUUGAUCCACAGUCCAUUCUAUCGCAAAUGUUUUCCAGUAACUCCAAGACCGGCUAAAGAUGGCCUGCUCUUUGUUGGUUAUAUUAUAUAUAUAUAAAUGUAUAUGAUGUACAUAAGUAUUAUAUGUGAAUAUCUGUGGGCAUACUUGUUGCACCACUGAAUGUUGUAACCUGAACCCCAUGUUGACCCCCAAUGGUUUUCAUAUGAUUUGCAAAACCUUUCGGAUUCUCCCAUAUCUAUCAUUUUCAUUAGGACCUCGUUCUGUUUAUGUACAUAGAUCCUGCUAAACAACUUCACUGUGUAGUGUUGCCUUAAAAACAGUGCCUCUUUUUGAUGAACAAACAGAUACAUGAAGAUAUAACUGAAUGUUGUACCAAUGUUGAUUGCAAAUGAUAAUGAUAACGAACAACUUGAUGGUGAAAAAUUUCAAUACAGGUGUUAAUUGUGCUAUUUAAGUAAGCGUAGAUAAAUCUGGUAACUGAUAUUAACCUAAAUCAAUCCUAGUGAAAUCCCGAGAGAGAUAACCUCCACUGAGCAGCACGUAAUGUACAAAGGGGCGUUUCGAUUGGCAUUGCAUGAGGAAGGCUUACCCAGAAAGAAACCCAUAUAUGUAGUCUAGUUAAAUAAAAGAUGGAGUAUAUAUAUUGCUAGGAGUUUAUAUUUGAAUAUAUUCGAUCGACGCACUGUACAGUUGACUGUCUAAAGGACGUCCUACGGUCACAGGGACCACUCACAGCACGGAAGUAAUCCAAAGGUCGGGAUCUGCACACAGAUCGUCCAGAGUGUAAAUUCGUAUUCGCUGUACCUUUAGGAUAUAACCUAGAAAAAAUUAUGUUACACCUACGCACUGUUGUAAUGAAUGAAAUUUAUGUGGCACUACCCACAAGCAACAUCUAAUAGUUAUUCAAAGACUUGUGCUUGAACUCACUUAGAGAAUAUUGAGGGAUCCAGUCCCGCGGCAUAUAUGUAUGUACAAUAUGUUCAGCUAAACUCUAGAUAGGUCCGGGAGUGAUAUGCGGAUAGGCACCAGGAUUAGGGAGCAUUUCAGAGAGAGGGUCACCUACAUAAGUGUAUCCAUCGAUGUGUCUGUUCUAAUAACCAUAUACAACUAAAUCGUAACUCUAAGCUAAUGACAUGCAACCGUUUUGGUGAAAAACAAGAUAGUACAUUAUACAUAAAUGCAUAUAUAUGUGAAACUAUAUAAUGAGAAACAUGUUUUAUCCGUGCACUGAAUAUGAAAGGUUUUCGAAAUUGACAAAUUGAUUGUGGAUUCAAUAUUUACCUAUUAAGUUGGUGUUUUAAACAGAAAAACAAAAAAACGAGAACAAAACCGAACAAAUGACAGUAGAACAUUUUAAAUAAAACCUUUUUGGCAACUG